AUGGAUGGCUGGUCGCUGCCGCAUGUGGAGAUGGGCCCCAAACAUGGUGAGGUGCCGACGGCCCUCCCUUCCGGCCUGCGCUACGUGGCCGAGUUCAUCUCGCCGACGGAGGAAGAGGAAGUGCUGCAGGCGGUGAAUGCACGAGCCUGGCUGGACAACUUGAUUCGAGGCCAGCAGUUCUUCGGCUUGGUGUACUACCAGACGACCCACGACCUGGUGGCCCUUCAGCCGGAGGACAAAAAACUGCAGGAAGGGCGACCACUGGAGGAGUUGCCCUCGUGGCUGCUUCCCAGGUUGGUACAAACCGGCGUCUUUCAGGAGGAGGAGAUCAACCAGGUGGCGGCCAACAGAUAUACUGGCACCACUGGCAUCGCAGCACAUGUCGAAGAUCCGGUGUCGUUUGGCCCCAACCUGGCCACGCUGUCCCUGCUGGCACCAGUGCAACUCACCUUGUCCCUGGCCACCGAAGUGAAGAAUUCCAGGGAUCGCCCUGGGGAUGGAGUUGACCAUGGAAAUUGGGUGAAGAUUUUGCUGGAGCCUAGGAGCCUGUUGGUCUUGCAAGGCGAAAGUCGUUACGCCUACCGUCAUGGCAUCCGGCGCUCACGCCUGGUACAGCUGCGGGAUGGGACGGAACUGAAGCGAGGUCCUGACUAUUGCAGAAUUUCUCUCACCUUUCGACAUUUGUUGGACACGCGCCGCAUGCUUUCCACUGCCGACGAGACCGCAGCCGAGAAGCCGUUGUCGGAGUCGCCGGAGGAGAAAGUGGCGUCAGCAAAGGAAACCACGUCAUGA